CGUUUUGGGUGAUCUUUCUUCUACUCUCAGCGAAACACAGGAGGAAUACACGUGUGUUUCCGCACGCGAAGAUUUUAUUACUGUUUAAAUAAUCUUGUAAUGUAUUGAUCGACACAACGCUGAUAAUGUCUGCGAUAAUAAGCAAGAAAACAGACGGUGGAGAUGCGAAGGCAGAAGCUCUCGAUAACGAAGAGGAUUCUCCCAUUGUGAGCCGCACACGGAGCGGUCGCAGACUGCGGACCCCCGCGGCCAAAACUCCCGUCCGCCGGACUAGAAAGUCUGUUGUCCGAGAAGAUCCGGCAAAAAACACCGAGUCUCGUCAGGAAUCACCACCCGAUGACUGUACAGCAGAUACCAAAGGCGGUCAGUGCAGCUCGGCGAGAGAACCAGCGUGUCCUGAUAUGUGUACAUCAACACCAGCAGAUGUCAGUCAAGAGUCAGUACUGGACGCUGCAGGUCUGAUGGUGUCAGAUCAGGCCAGUGAGAAGGAAAAUGUGGUUAAUAACACAGAGACAGAAUCCACUGGUCCCACUGACCCCGAGAAAAGGGCCAAAAAAAGGACUCACCCAGAACCCAUUGAGAAGAAAAGUAAGAUGGUACCUCUUGGGAAACCUAAGUCUGGAAGAAUAUGGAAAGACAGAAAUAAGCAAAGGUUCUCCGCUCUGUUGAGAGACAAACCUCUGCGUUCUUCAUGGGAAAAGAAGAUGGAGGCCAAGAGAGAGAAGCAGCUGGUGAAGCAGUACCAACAACAGCUGAAAGAUGAGCAGACCAGAGAGAAAGAGGAGAAAAAGAGGAGGAGAGCAGAAAACCUGAGAAGACGAGCAGAAAAUGAGAGAAAAGCAGAGAUUGUGCAAGUGAUUAAGAAUACAGCAAAGAUCAAGAGAAUGAAGAAGAAACAGCUGAGGAAGAUCGAGAAAAGAGACACGCUGUUAGCGGUGCAGAAAACACCACCCAGUGUCAAGAAGGGAGCAGGGAAAACAAACAGCAGCCUGUAGAGAGUUUCAGUGCAGUGAUGCGAGAGAAUCUCAUCAGACUUUAACACACUGUUGUUGAUACACGUGUGUAGUGUCUGUUGAAUGAACUGGGAAAAAAGUCUGUGGAUUUGAUGUAAUAUUUGUACAGUAAAUUCAAAAGCAAAUAUGUUUUGUAAUCAUGGAAAAAACAUAUCACCAAUUUUUUUAUGUUAUUGUCACAUUAAAAAUGAUUUAAAUAAUUUUUUCAAUCAAUUUCUUCCUGGUUCAUGCACGUGAAAUUAUUUUCUUUUUGUUAUUGUUUUAUUGUAUGAUAUAAAGAAGUUUCAUUUUCAUUACG